AUGACUGGAGGCCGCGGCGGGCAGAAAGUGCUCUUGCCACCCAUCAACUUCAUCUUCAAGCUUCUACAACAGCGCGCGACCGUAUCGAUAUGGUUAUACGAGAACUUGGGCAUGCGCAUUGAGGGGAAGCUGAGGGGGUUCGAUGAGUUCAUGAAUCUGGUCAUUGAUGAUGCGGUGGAAGUCACAUUGGCGAAGAAGGAAAGCCCAGAAGAGCGACGGAAGCUUGGCCAAGUUCUCCUCAAAGGAGACAACAUCUCUCUCAUCCAGCAGAUCAACAAUUGA